UGUUCUAAUACUAAACAUGCAGCGACUUUCUAUAAUGGCGAUUGUUAUUGGAGUGUUCAUGCUGCCUCUUAUUUCGGGCAAAGCUAAGAACCAGCUUCAGCACGAAAUCCCAGAUGCGGUAAAGGUUUUUGGAGGUUUUCGAAGUGGUCUUGCCCUAUUCGACAUGGACAACGAUGGUGACCUUGACUGUGUGUCGACUGUAACGGAAGAUUACGACAAGAGUGUGCCGAGCGUAACCUACGUAUGGCUUCUUAAAGCCGUAAACGGACACAAAGCGAAAAAUAUAUCGUUCUAUGUCCGCGGUAGUGACACGCCUGGCGAGUUUUUGUUCAAGGACAAAAAUGCUGACGGACCUCUUCAAAGUGGCACAUACUUGUACUCGGACUACAAGGACUGCCUCAUUUUGGGAAUGCCUUACGGAAAUUCGCAAGAAUGCAUGAUGUGGAUAUCUUGGGAAGCCAAAGACCAGCCCCCGCAAGAUUGCACUGAUCAGUAUGAAGACAAUUGCGAAGACGGAAAACUCGCUUUCGACGAAGCCACCUGCAGUCCUUUCUUUCUUAAGAAUGAAUAAAGCACAAUAUUUUUAGAAUACAGA